CUUUCUUUUUAUUCAGUUUCUCCAUUAUAAAUCUGCAUCGUGGGUCCAGACCCUCUAAACAAAAACAUCAACUCAUAGAAGAAAAAAAGAGUUUGUGUUUUUUGUUUGUUUGUUGUCCGAGAGAUUAAAGAUUGUUACUUUGUUGAUCGAAAAUGGCAUCAAACGACGCUGGAAGGCCGUUGCCAAAGUUUGGGGAUUGGGAUGUGAAUGAUCCUGCCACAGCGGAUGGAUAUACGGUGAUAUUCAGCAAAGCCGGUGAAGAUAAGAAGACAGGAAGGAGUUCGACGAAGACGAAUUCUCAGAGGAAACAAGAGGGUGAUAAACCACCGGUCAAGAAAUGGCUCUGUUUCACCUUUUCUUGAUUUCUUUUUCUUGUAUACAUUGUCAUCCUGAGAAAGAAACCAGGUUUGAGCCUUUGACAACUUUUGUCCUAUACGUUUUCUUAUGAUGAAUCAGUUCUGCAUUGUGUAUAUUAUUACAUAAUCAACAAAACUUGUAGCUCCAAAUUUCUAGUUGAAGAAUGGAAACACUUGGCGAAAUGAGAAAUGUUGAAACAUAA